AUGUCGUUCCUGGUUCGAGUCGGAGGCAGACGAGUGCGAAAAAUCCACUGCGACGACUUACGCCUCGCCUCCAACUCCGGAGAACCUCCACCAGAAGACCAAGACCAUGACGAACCCCCGGAACCCGACAACCCGGAGGAGGGUCCCAGUUCAACACCCGCGAGUGAUAACCACGAUGAUGCACCACCAACACUAGAGACAAGCGCGCAAAAUUCAAGAGACCGACCACCACCAACGCCAGAAAACCCGCACGAGGCAAUGACGCCUCACCAACAAGGGCAAACGACAGAGUACGAGCAUGCAACCAUCACAGAAAUGGCAACAGGGGACUUGACACCCCAACCGGACGACGUGACGGCAAUCAUGGAGGAGCCAGAGGACUCAGACGCUACCCACUGGGUAAGCCCAACACGCGGAGCAUGGGGACACUCGGCCUCUCUCGCGGACGCCACAUUCAGUAUGUUCGUAGAAGAACCCGACGAGGGAAUAUCUGCGCCGCGCAUAGGACCGGAGCCACGCCAACUGUUCGACCCCAACGACACGGAGGCCAGCGAAGCUCCAGGUAUCCCGGAGCGCAGGAGACAGCCCUACACAAGCGGACCGCAAGCAGCCGACGCCAUGGACCAACGACUGAGGCACAACAAACCAAACAGGCCGGCAGUCUCACGGACCCACUCACCGCCCGGAACACCGCCCACACCGCCACCACGGACCGGGAGGCCCCAGAGGGACUGGCGACGCCCAGAAUACUUAGCCGAAUACGACCUCGGGAGGCCCCCAAGGAGAAACCUCCCCACUCACAACUCCGAGUCGCCAACCCGAGACGACCCACUCGCGAGGGACAGAAUCUACCGGCUACGGCCGCGACAGCCCCCACCAGCUCGGACGUGCUGCCACCCCUAA